AAAGCAUAGGGUUGGGGUCGGUACCUUGUAUAGUUUUUUCAAUGAGAGGUGUCAAAAAGUUGAAGUCCGCUAUCGUUGACAAAAAGUUUUCUUUCAGCGGCCUGAGUUCGGGAUCAGAGUUUCCAGAGCUGCGCAUCUGCAGUCCCCAUGGCAUUUCCACAGAUCGUCUCUGGGUACAUAUGUAGACAAAAGGAGAACUGUUGAUUGAUUUCUUAAAGUGAUAUUCUACAUCGAUAGAGAAAAAGAAGGGCAGAUUGAUUAUUUUAUGAGAAUGGAGGUUCGAGGGAUAAGGAGAAACAGAGAGACGAGUCCAGACAGAGCAAGAGUUGUUCAUCAUCGUCGCCUGCAGCAGCAGCCAAGCAGCAGGGUCGUCAAUCCCUUCAGAAAAGUUCAAGUUGUGUAUUACCUCACCCGCAAUGGGCAGCUCGAACACCCACAUUACAUGGAGGUUUCCCAUUUGGCAUCUCAACAGCUUCGCCUCAAAGAUGUAAUGGACCGGCUCACGGUUCUCAGAGGUAAAGGCAUGCCCUCUCUUUAUUCCUGGUCUUGCAAAAGGAGCUACAAGAACGGGUAUGUCUGGAAUGAUCUAGCGGAGAACGACGUCAUAUACCCUGUAGAAGGAGCCGAGUACGUUCUCAAAGGCUCAGAAAUAAUCCAAGGCUGCACUGAAAGAUUUCAACAACUUCAGGUGAGCAACAGACACCAAAUCCCAGAACCAACCUUCCAUCUGAAAAUCAAACCGCCCCCUGCAACUCGCAACCCGGAAGCAGAUGCAGACAACACAAGAUACAGAGCACAGUUCGAAGACGAUGACGAAGAGGAAGAAGAAGACGAGUACGAAGAAGAGAAGACCAGCUACACCAGCUCCAACACACCCCUCUCUCGCUGCUCCAGAGGAGUCUCCACGGACGAGGCAUUAAUGGAAGAACCACGGCAACCUCAACCAGCGGCGUUAACCGGGAAGAAGCCCACCGAGUUAACACUCGAGACCGAGUCGCCGCCGUCGACCUCCUCCACUAACUCGGACAAAGCGAACAACGAGCCCAACACCGGGUCCAAACGGUUCGACGGCGGCGACCUGGUCACCGGCGAACCGACUCUGGGUCGGAAUUCGAUGCUCCUCCAGCUCAUCGCUUGUGGAAGUUCGGUGGCCGGAAAGGCGAAGAUGGUGCCCGGCGUAAAGAGGCCGCCGUGCGCGGCGGCGAGAAAAAGCGAAAGCCGGCGCAGGGAAGCGGCGGAGGAGGAGAUGAUAGGGUGUAUGUCGGUGAACCCGAGGUUCGGGAACCUUCAGGCGGCGGAGAAGGAGUACUUCAGCGGCAGCAUCGUGGAGACGAUGAUGGAGGAGCGGGGCAUGGAUCAGCCUGAGCUCAAGAAAUCUUCUUCCUAUAACGAAGAAAGGAGCUCAAAGGCUAGGUUGGAACCAGCAGUAGCAGCAGAAGAAAAUGAAGAAAAGAAAUUAGAAAAGGCUGUGAAAGGGAAAUGCAUUCCCCGCAAGAAAUCAUCUUCAUCAUCAUCAUCAUCAUCAUCUGCUCCAUAUUCUUCCAAGCAAAACAAAAAAUGAAUAAGAAACCAUCAUCGUCGUCGUUUUCUUUGACAAGUGGUUGGAUCCAUCAGCAGUGAGUCUUAAGCGUUUGUCAAUGAGGGAUUAAUUAUUAUUGUUGGGGUGUUUUAGCAUAUGGGGUAAUUUAAUUUUACUUGUACCAAGUAGUUUGAUGUGAUGAUUAACAGUGGUCGAGUGCCGUGGAAAAAGUAAUAAAAAUCAUUACUGUGGAGGUGGUGUUGAUAUUUGAAAA